CGGCUUCGCAGAAACACCACCAGCUCCGGUAGACCAGCCAUUGCAUCUUCCCCACAACUCCGUCCAUCAUGAGCGCCCUCCGUAUCGCCAGAGCCGCCCUCCGUGCAAGGCCCGCUGCCAUCGCCCGCCCCAUCCAGCGAAGAGGCUACGCCGAGGUCGCCAACGACAAGAUCAAGCUCUCUCUAGCUCUCCCGCAUCAGUCGAUCUACAAGUCCCAGGAUGUUGUCCAGGUCAACCUCCCCGCAGAGACAGGUGAGAUGGGUGUUUUGGCCAACCACGUUGCCUCUAUCGAGCAGCUGAAGCCCGGUCUGGUUGAGAUCAUCGAGGAGCAGGGCGGCAACAAGCAGUUCUUCCUGUCUGGCGGUUUCGCCGUUGUGCAGCCCAACUCUGUUCUUAGCAUCAAUGCCGUUGAGGGCUACCCCCUCGAGGACUUCAGCGCCGAGGCCGUCAGGAACCAGAUUGCAGAAGCACAGAAGAUUGCCAGCGGAAACGGCAGCGAGGCUGACAUUGCCGAGGCCAAGAUUGAGCUCGAGGUUCUUGAGAGCCUACAGGCUGCGCUCAAGUAAAUGUGUAAACAGCGGCCCUAGAGCACGGCAAGGGUGGUAUGUAUAGUAACUGGCGCUGCGUGCUUUCCACGCACAAAGGAUAGAAGGAACUUCAACGAAACAACCACAACAUUCCAACUUCUUACAAUUCUGCUCUUGGUUCAUAUUACUCCUCUGCCUGUACGUGUGUACUUACAUUUGCGCACAGCCCUUUAUGACAAUUUUUCUUGCUCGUCACUCAUUAGCCUGUUCCAUUGAGUCUCUCCCCUUGCCCCGGUGAAUCUCUACCACGGCAAUCUAAAUUGUCUAAAUGGCAC